AUGAACUUGUUCAUGCUCUGGAUGAGCGGCUCUGGACCUGGCUUGUUUAGUAUACUUAUUGUGGGUUAUGCUACUAUGAACACCGUCAAGAGUCUUGCCAAAUGCAACCAGGUCUUCGACCAAUUCGCUGCUGCAAACGUGCUUCUCCAAAAGCUGGCUUACAUUGGCAUUAACGUUGCGAUAUUAGCAUACUUGGGAAAUCAUGCUGCGAAUAUGGGUAUUCUGCCGAUCGCCAGUGGCGACUGGAUCCAGUUCAUCCCGGAGCAACGGGUGGUAGAAUCAGCUCGGCCUCUGAAUGCGCGCUUGUUUGUUGAUGACGUCAACGGUGGAAUCUAG